CUACUAACAUGUCUAAAUAUUUAAUCCACACUCAAAAUUUCAACUCAAUCUUCCAUUUUUCAUCAAAAGCAAUUUUGACCAAUUAGGCCCAACCCAUUUGCUUUGCUCUAUAAUAGUUGAAACAUAGAGAGAACCAUUUGGCAUUUUUAAUCAUACAACCAAAGCCAUAAGAGUGAAUCACCACAGACAUGACAACAACAAGGAAAACAUCAAGAAGAACAUUGAAGUUCUUCACUUUAAUCAUCUUCCACUUCCUUAUCAUCAAAGGGUCCUGCGAAUGUUCCUUGAACAACAUCAACAUAGGCACAGCAAGAAGUGGUAGAGUAAUAGGAGGGCAACCAGAGUGGAAUGUUACUGUGAUCAACAAUUGUUCUUGCCAACAGAGUCAGAUAAAGUUAUCAUGCAAAGGGUUUCAAAGCUCAGAAAGUAUUGACCCAUCAAUUCUUUCCAAGGAAGGUGAUAACUGUAUCCUCAUCAGUGGAAAUCCCAUGAAGGGUUUUGACACAGUCAACUUCUCUUAUGCCUGGGAUCCUCCCUUUUUCUUGUUCCCUUCAAGCUCUGUCAUAGGUCCUUGCACAUAGGGAUUUCCUUCACACAAUACUUCAACACUCAUAACUCAAUAAGUUCCUCCUCUUUCCAAAAUUCUUCUUAUUAAAUUUCAUGUCUUCAAACAAAACCUUAAUGUUUCUGAUAUAAAACAUUUAGUAAAUUUGUUUAUUGCUCAUGUUGUUUUGGAAUAUUAUAUAUAUAACGUAUUUAAUAAGUAUUGAUUUUAAAAAAUUAAAUUGAAAUUGUCUGGAAAUAAAAACUUUAUAUAGGAUGAGAUUUUUAGUAUGAAAACUUAUUUAACCUAAAAUUUAUGAAUGAAGAUAAUAAUUGUGAGUGGAUGUAUGUAGAGAAGGAGAUGAUACUAAAGACCUCUGAAGUUGGUUGAUUUAGUAUAUUUUUUGGUUUUGAUAAUCAUAAAUACUAAGAAAACAAAAGGACAUGUAAUAUGAUUUGAUCGAGAAUUAAUGUAUGAUUGAAUUAUUGUUGAGGGAAGUUUAUAUUCUAAUGUUGUUACAUAUGUUUUGUGGAUAUAAGAAAUUUAAAGGUCCUAAUCCAGGAACA